UUAAACCUAUUGCGGAGAGUGCCGAGUGGUUCCAUUCGGCACCAAAAUGAACAGGCGUAAACAGCAGCCGUUGCAGACGGCAACACAUACUCACAAAAAACCACGCCGUGUUAAGAUCUCGCAAAAUCUCGCUCCACCACUGAUGGCACAUCUCGGAUAUCAAGGUGCUCGCCACUUACAUCCCCAACGUCUUCCGACGAAAUCACCCGAAAAGACAGUAUCCGUCCGUCUUCUGGAUCUGCGGAAUGAGACAAUUGAAAAUGUACAGAAAAUUGCUGACACAAUCAAAAGACUUAUGGUGCCAGGUUUACGCUUGAAAGCAAUUCCUGAGAACUUGGUGGACCAACUAGUGAUGCUUGAAAAACUCGAUUUGAGCAAUAACCAACUCUCCGAUGGAAGUUUACCGGAAUCGAUGAAAAGGUUGGAAAAUCUAGUAGAACUAAAUUUGAAUACGAAUAAAUUCACCAAAGUUCCACCUGCACUCAAGAAACUGAAAGCUUUAUCUAGACUGGAUCUCAGUGAAAACAGUAUUGAAAGUCUGAAUGGACUGGAGAAACUCCGGAGAAUUCAGAUACUAGUCGUGGACAACAACAAAUUGACUUCAGUGUUUAAAGAGGUUUGUCAUAUGAAACGACUGGAAAUUUUACGGUGCGGAAAUAAUCUAGUGAAAGACAUUGGAGUCGAAAUACGCCAAAUGAAGCAGCUUAAAGACUUAGAUAUUUCAAAUAACAGAUUAACCGUUCUUCCAACAGACGUUCUUCUUCUUCCCAGUUUAGAAACUCUAAAUGCUAGUCGAAACAAAAUUACAAAGAUUCCAGCUUUCAACAUCAAACUGCACAAUCGACACUGGGUCUCAGAAGUUGACCUUUCGGACAAUCAGAUUACAGUAUUUCCAGGACAUCUCUUGAGAAUGACUGAAAAAUUGGAUCUUAGCAGCAAUCAAAUAAAAAUUCUCAAUAUGAAUGCUAUGAAAGAAUUAGAAAGGAAUCCAAAUCAAGAGUUAAUUGUCGAUGACAAUCCGCUAGUCUUCCCACCUGCAGAAAUAACAGGACAAAAUGCCAUACUGGCUUACAUUCAAGAAGCUCGUCUCAACACGCCGGUGUAUCGCGGAAUGAAGAUUUUAGUGAUCGGAUCGCAUAAGAGUGGAAAAUCAAGCCUUAUUCAGUCGAUGGUGGACAGUCAAGCAAGACUUGCAGAGGACUUGAACGAAAGUAUUGCUGGAAUUGAUCUUUAUGAUUUAGUGUAUGACUGUGAAAUGAAAGUGAAGAAUGAGGAAACUGGAAAGAUGGAAAAAGAAGUUCGUCCACUUCAGCUGUGUUUAUGGGACUUCUGUGGACAUCCUUACUAUCAGUUUCCACAUUACUUGUUCUUCGAGCAACCUUCGGUGGCUCUAUUAACGUUUAAUAUGAAAGAAUUUACUUCUGAGAAAUUUAACGAGAUGAUUGGUUGUUGGUUGGACUGGAUGAUCGCGAAAACCAACAGCUUAAAAGUUGUUUUGGUUGGAACGCAAUGUGACAAAAUGUCGAAAGAGAAGAUCAAGGAAGUUAAAACUGAAGUCAAAAGGCAGAUGACGGAGUUCAAAAAAUAUCACGAAAGUAUUCUAAAUGAAAGAAUCAAUCAAAUAUCAGAGAAAUCCGAGAUCUCACCGACUCUCACUGAGAGAAUGUUUUCUUACCGAAAACUGCUGAUCUUCACAGAUACUUUCACAGUACAAUCGGAUGUCAUUGCUACAUCAUCAGCAGAGUUUAUAGGAUUUGAACAACUUCGAAAGAGCAUUGAACUCAUAGCAAAGGACGGAAACCAAUUUCCACCAACACCAGAAUACAAUUUGCCACUUGUUUUACACAAAGUAAAAACGUUCUGGGUCGAUGUAGAAAACUAUUUAGACGAGAAGUCAAAUUGUAUGGUCGUUCCCAUAAUGCCAUGGGAUGAUUACGUGGAAGAAGUGACAGCGAAGUUUGGAAUGAAGAAACAAAUAAAAGACAUUACGCAAUACUUGCAUGUAACUGGGAAAGUGCUUUGGUUUUCUUCGUCGCCUGUUCUAUGUGACUUCGUGUUUAUUCGUCCCGGCUGGAUUUUUGAGUUACUUCGUAAUAUUUACCGCCAUGAUUUUGAAGAAAAAGUGGACUUUGCCAUAGACGACACAUAUAAACAGAUGGGCUUUUCACCGACAAGAUUUGAAAGAAACAAGAAGGAGGUUGUCCAGCAUGGUGUUAUGGACAAAGAUUUUUUGCGUGCCAUGGUAGGGUAUUUAGUACCUCCUGAUAUGAAAGAACAAUUCAACUUUGUUUUAGACAUUCUGCUUCGGGGUUUCAAAAUUGGAUAUCCAGUAGCUAGGAAAUCUAAAGAAAUGACGUAUAACCUCAGUCCAGAAUUUGAAAAUUUAGAGAACACCUCCAAAAUAUUAAUCCCCUGGAUUAGGAGAAUAGAGGAGCCAGAAGAAAUUGUUUCAUUGUGGAAAGACCAUAACGACAGAGAAAGAGUGGCAGCUUUAUUGAGGUUCCCAAAAUACAUGCCUCCGGGCUUGUUCGAACUCCUAUGCGUUGGCGCACAAAAGAUGGAAAAACAUAACCUUACCUUUAGGGCGCAUUGGUGUAAUGGGAUCCUUGCAAGACACAAUAAGAUUGAUGCUCUCUUCAUGUUAAGUUAUCAGUUGGGCCCGGAAGGCAGAGGCGCUAGUCUUAAGUAUGAGCUUAGAGAUGACAGUCCGGAUCCUAUGUACUAUCCCACAAGACCAGCUGCAAUGUGGACAAUUCUCCUUCCUUUGCUCCAAGAAUUCGAAGAAAUCAUCAAAUCUUUCAAAGGUGUAUUGGUGGAAAGACAGAUGCUUUGCAAGUUCUGCCAGGAACCGUCUUUCCUAGGGGAAUGGAAUACCCCGAAAGAAACUCAAAACCUUCCAGAGAAAGUCUGUGAAGUUUGUGGCGAGAAAGUGGACACAGACACUUUGGUCCAGCAGCGAGAAGAGAAAAGAGAUGACGUGCUGCAUAAGCUGGGAGAAAUACGAGCACGUAGAAAAGGUGCUAUGGCCAAAGGAAUGACACUACAGGAGAUGUUACACGAAGAAGAAUUAGAUAAGCCAAAUUAUGGCCGGGAAAGACGUAGAAAUGUAGGGGUACUUCAGCCAUCCGAUCUCUCAAGUCUCCUUCCUUCAAUCAAUAUAGGAUCGGGAGAAGAUGAAGAAGGAGGUGACGUGGAGUCUACGACAGAAGGAAAUAUGAACAACAUCCGGGCACUCUAUCUUCUGAAUUUUCCAGGACUCAAUGGCGAAGACAACUGCUGUGGCGAAGAUGACCAAGAGGAAGGUGACGAAGAAGAAUUCAUUGAGGAAGAGCAAGCAUUAAUUGAACAAUGAAUCUUUCCAUACUUUUAAACUUAAAUGAAGUUUAGAAAUUUGGAAAGACUGUUUAAUUAACUACACAAUAAUUUGCAGACUUUUGGAUCUGUAUUUAAGUUUGAAUUUUAAUAUUCGCAUCAUACAUGCUAGGAAUUGCUUUUCACGUUCAGGCGAAUUCCACAGACCAUUUUUGGUUAUCGGUUAUUUUUCUGUACACGAUUUGUCCACUAGACACUUAUUCGUAUUGAAUGAAAUUGGUGCCUUAUGAAAUGUGAGCAACGCAAUAUACAUAUAUGUUGUCCUCUGUUGUUUUUCUAAUGUUAUUUAAAGUAGGUUUGAAAUUCAUUUAGAUUUGUUUUAUAUGUUUUAUUAAACAAUAUGGAAUGAACUCCAGAGCACACCUUUUCCAGGAAUAUUUGUUAUGUUUGUACUAUUUAUUCUUGUUUAGAACAGUUGUGUUGUCUUAAGGACCAUGGUGAAGGUCAGUGCUCCAUAAACGUAAUAAAAUGAUUUAAAAAUAUA